AUGUGGAUGGACCCCAUGCUGUCAAGGCUGAACGGGAAGGAGCACAGUGUGUUCACGGGCGUGGCCAUCGUCCACUGCUGCAGCAAAGACGGCCGGCUGGACACGGAGGUCUCGGAGUUCUACGAGGAGACCACGGUGACGUUCUCGGAGCUGUCGGAGGAGCUGCUGUGGGAGUACAUCAACAGCGGGGAGCCCAUGGACAAGGCUGGCGGCUACGGGAUCCAGGCGCUGGGCGGGAUGCUGGUGGAGAACGUGCACGGGGACUUCCUCAACGUCGUGGGCUUCCCCCUGAACCACUUCUGCAAGGAGCUGGCACGCCUGUACUACCCGCCCCGCCCCGAGGGCCUGCGGCGGGUCAAGCGCGACUCCAUCCCCGCCGUCGACACCUUCGAGAAUCUCAGUGACACGGAGGGAGGUGGCUCGGACCCAGGUCCGAGCGCCGAGGGCGGCCGUGGUGGCGAGGAGGCGGACGGAGACCGGUCACAGGCUCCCGGAGCGCUGGACGCAGCCCUUAACGGGGCGGACAGCCGGCCCCCGUUCCCCACGGGCCUCCUGGAGCUGAUGGACGGCUUCAAAGCAUCCAAGGUCCUGUUCACGGCUUGCAAGCUCAAACUGUUUGAUGUGUUGAAAGACCAAGGCCCCCUGAAGGCCGUGGAUGUCGCCCGCAAACUCGACGCCUGCGCGGGCGGGACCGAGCAGCUGCUGGAUGUCUGCGCGGCCCUGGGGUUACUGGAGAAGACGCACAGAGGUUACAGCAACACGGCGGUGGCGACCCUGCACCUGGUGUCAGACGGCGAACACUCUCUCCUGGGCCUGGCCGAGUACAAUGACGCCCACGUCUGGGGCGUCUUCACACGCCUGGGCCUGGCCGUGCGGGAGGGGGCGGGCCAGGCCCGCGGGGCUCUGGGGGUGACGGAGGAGGAGGAGCACCUGUCCCAGAGCAGGGAGAUGACGCUGCAGUUCAUGAGGGCCAUGCACAGCCUCAGCAAGCUGACCACCCACCACGUGGCCACGGCCUUCGACCUGUCCCGAUUCACCUCUGCCUGCGACCUGGGAGGCUGCACGGGCAUCCUGGCCCGCGAGCUCGCCCGGGAGUACCCGCAUCUGCAGGUGACUGUGUUUGACCUCCCAGAGGUCAUUGAGCUCUCUGGGGGCUUUCAGCGUGGCAGACGACAGACAGAGCGGAUCCGCUUUGUGCCAGGUGACUUUUUCAAAGACAACCUCCCGGAAGCAGAUCUGUACGUUCUUUCCAGAAUUCUGCAGGACUGGCCGGAUGACAGACUCCACAAGUUACUGAGCCGGAUCUCGAGCAGCUGCAAACCAGGCGGUGGCCUCCUGGUGGCGGAAGCGGCGGCGGAGGAGGAGGGGGCGUCGCGGAGCCCCCGGCUGCGGACCCUGAGCGCCGGGCAGCCCCGGAGCCCCGACGAGCACCGCCGCCUCCUGCAGCGACACGGCUUCCGGGACGUGCGGGUGGCGCGCGCGGGGGACCUGCUGCGCGUGGUCCUGGGCACCCGAGCUGCGCCCUGAGGGUCACCGGGAACCCGGCGGGGCCCAGCGCCCGGCAGUGAAGGGUUCCUGGAGAGCAGGUGUCACCGGACAGAUUAAAGGAGGCGGAAAGCA